AUGAAGAUACCAGCCUUCUUGAAACCUGGUCUUCUGACUGUGGGACUUUUGACUUCCCAAUCCUCAGCGGCCCUCUACCAUACUCCAGUUGACACCGAAUAUGGCAAAGUCCAAGGUUUCAAGUAUUUCAACAGCUCUACGACCCAGAAAUACUUCAAUCUCUCGGAUAGUCAAAUCACUGCUUUCAUCGGCAUCCCCUAUGCUGCAAAUACCGCCUACGAGAAUCGUUGGAAACCUGCUCAGCGCCGCGAGCGGUGGAACGGCACCCUUCAGGCCCAUGACUUUGGACCUGCGUGUCCUAUCGCCCAUCAAGCCGCUACCUACAACAUCAGCGAAGACUGUUUGUCCGUGAAUAUCUGGACUCCCGCAAAUUCUAGCUCGGAUAGUCUUCCUGUGUUGGUAUGGAACUACGGCAGCGGCGAGACAAGCGCAGAACCUCGCUACGACGGUGGCGGGCUCGCGACGAAGGACGUGGUCGUGGUGACCUACAACUACCGAGAUGCCGCGUUCGGUUUCCUGGCCCAUCCCACUCUCAACGAGGAGUCCGGACAUAACUCUUCCGGCAACUACGGGAUAAUGGACUUCUUCACUGUUCUUAAAUGGGUGCAGAGCAACAUCGCCAACUUUGGUGGUGAUCCGGACAAAGUGACUAUCGCGGGUCAAUCAUUCGGCUCUGCGCAGGUUUACCACGCGGUCAAUAGUCCACUGGCAAAAGGCCUCUUUAGGGGCAUGAUUGCCGAAAGUGGAAUUCGCCAUCCCUACGACCCUCUUCUAGCUGGCUUGGCGGAUUCAUAUCAAACAAUGGAGAAGGCGGUUGAGACUGGUAUCAACUAUACCACAUCUCACAACGUCAGCACCAUUGCCGAGCUUCGCACCUUGAGCAUGGAGCAGCUUCUUGUCGGCAGCGACGAUCGCCAGGAAAUCGACAAUCUGACCGCUCUGUGGACAAUGGAUCCUCCGCUCUUCAAAACGACGUUGGACGGCUACGUCGUGCCGAAGAAAUACAUCGACUCUCUACGUGAUGGACCCGCAAACGACGUCCCCAUGAUCACAGGCAACAACAAGGACGAGAGCGGUGCGUCUACAUCGACGAACUACACGGUCGAAGAAUACAAGAUGUACAACAAACAGUGGUAUGGCGACGACCUGUUCAGCAAGUUCCUGCAACUGUACCCUGCACGAAAUGACAGCGAAGCCGACCGAUCAUGGAAUGCAGCCGCCCGCGAUCUCUCUCUCGUAUCAUCUUACCAGUUCGCAAAUGGUUGGAUCGAGUCUGCGAAAAGCCCGUUCUACACCUACUACUGGGACCAUGCUCCUCCAGGACAGAACCAGGGGGCAUUCCACAUGGCUGAAAUUAACUAUGCCCUGAGGAACCUAUACAAGACCGACCUUCCAUGGACCGCUUAUGACUUCUACCUCUCCGAUGUGAUGUCUUCGUACUGGGCUAACUUCGUUAAGACAGAAGACCCUAAUCUAGGAGGAUCCUUGACGAUGGGAAACCUAACCCGAUGGAAGCCGAAUGAAUCCGACAAGCCAACCGUGAUGCAUCUGGGAGAUGGGUUUGGUGAGAUUCCGAUUGCCACUCGGGAGCGAAGAGAACUGCUUUCUGCGUUUUUGAAGAAGUACCAGCCUUACUAG